AUGCAACACCGAGGGCCCAGCGGUGUGAACCAACUGGGGGGGCUCUUCCUGAGCGGCCGCCCCCUCCCUGCCUGCAAGAGGAGGCGGAUCAUUGAGCUGGCGGCGUGUGGCAUCCGGAGCUCCGACAUCUCCCGCAGCCUCAAGGUGUCCAACGGCUGCGUCAGCAAGAUCUUGGGUCACUACUACAGGACAGGGGCCGUGGGGCCCAAAGCUAUGGGGGGCAGCAAGCCCCGCAUGGCCACACCCAAGGUGGUGGCCAGGAUUGCCCAGAUGAAGCUGGAGCAGCCUUCCCUGUUUGCCUGGGAGAUCCGCAGGCAGCUCCAUGCUGAGGGCACCUGCACCAGCAACAGGAUCCCCAGCGUCUCCUCCAUCAAUCGGGUGCUGAGGAAGCUGCCCAGUGACCUGCGGCUGGCGGCUCAGCUGGGCUCUGCGAGGGACACGCUGCCAUGGGGAUGCUGCUCACCCACUGAAGCUGCUGCCACCGGCUCCCUGGGGACCCAGCACCCGCCCCGGCAGCUCCCACCAAGCACCCAGCACAAGAACAGGACGGUCUUCUCCAGGCAGCAAGCAGAGGCCCUGGAGAGAGAGUUUCAGAGGGGACAAUACCCAGACACCGACACCCGGCAGAGACUGGCUGCGGCCACCCAGCUCCCAGACACAACCAUCAAGGUCUGGUUCUCCAACCGGCGAGCGAAGUGGAGGCGGGAAGCCAAGCAGGAGCUGGAGGCAGGAGCCACAGGUGACAGCCCAGAGCAAUGGGGACAGGACUUGGGGAUCUGA